AAAGCACGACUGGUGGAGAAUCGCUGUUACGACAGGUGGUAGUGAAUGCGGUAGAGUCCCAGUCUAGGUAUGGAGCAGUGUGCGUGUGUGGAGCGGGAGCUGGAGAAGGUGCUCCAUAGGUUCGUCAUGUACGGACACCAGUCAGAGGAACGUCUGGACGAACUACUACGCAGCGUCUGUGAGCUACGGGGACAGCUGGUUACAUUCGGGGUACGAGAUGCAGAUCUGACGGUGCUGUCUCAGACCAUGGCCCAGUGUUGUAAGAACAUUAAAGAAACAGUACAGCUGCUGGCCUCCAGACACAAGGACAUCCACGGCAGUGUCUCCAAAGUGGGCAAAGCUAUCGACAGGAACUUUGAUGCAGAGGUGAGUGCAGUGGUGGCAGAGACUGUGUGGGACUCACCUGAGAGACAGAAGUACCUGAGUGAGACCAUUGUGGAACACUUGUACAGACAAGGCAUGCUGAGCGUGGCAGAGGACCUAUGUCAGGAGUCUGGAGUAGUGAUUGACAUGAGCAUGAAGCAGCCGUUCUUGGAACUCAACAGGAUCCUGGAGGCCUUGAGGAUGCAGGACCUCAGACCAGCACUAGAGUGGGCAGUAACAAACCGGCAGCGCCUGUUGGACCUGAACAGUACCCUGGAGUUCAAGCUGCACCGCCUCUACUUCAUCAGCCUGUUAAACGGAGGCAUCACCAACCAGCUGGAGGCGCUACAGUACGCCAGGCACUUCCAGCCCUUCGCCUCACAGCACCAGAGAGACAUCCAGAUCCUCAUGGGUAGUCUGGUGUACCUGCGGCACGGCAUAGAGAACUCUCCCUACCGCUCUCUGUUAGAGACCAACCAAUGGGCUGAGAUCUGUAACAGCUUCACCAGGGACGCCUGCGCGCUGCUGGGGCUAUCGGUAGAGUCACCUCUCAGUGUCAGUUUUGCGUCAGGCUGCAUGGCUCUGCCCGUCCUGAUGAACAUCAAACAGGUGAUUGAACAGAGACAGUGUAGUGGAGUCUGGACACACAAGGACGAGCUGCCUAUUGAGAUCGACCUGGGGAAGAAGUGCUGGUACCACUCUGUGUUCGCCUGCCCCAUCCUCCGACAGCAGACGUCAGAGAGCAACCCUCCCAUGAAGCUCAUCUGUGGACACGUCAUCUCCAGAGAUGCCCUCAACAAACUCACCAACGCUGGAAAACUGAAAUGUCCCUACUGUCCCAUGGAGCAGAACCCGUCAGAUGCCAAGCAGAUCUUCUUUUGAUCCCCCAUCCUGUUUCCUGAAACCGCCAGGCCCUUGGAGCUACAGUAGCUACCUGCUACCCCAGAACCCCUGGAAAUCUCCAUCCUACUUACUCACAGGCACCAAUUUGCCCCAGUGCCCCCACCCAAACUCAGACAGAUCCCUUCCAGUGAUGGCCCAAGCCUGUAAUACUCCUGCUUCAUCAAUAGCUCCUAGUGUACAGAGGGCUGAUGUGGAUGGACCAUCAAACCACUUCUACCCAUAGAGAGACAUAGAGGAGUCGGUCGGCAUGAGGACGAAGGAAACAUCUCAAAAGGAUUGUUCAUUCAUUGACACUCGUUCAUUUGCAACUGCCUGCUGAACUUAUUCUACUCUUUUUCUUUAAGGAUGUGAUGAGGCGUUAUGCUUUCUUUUGUGGGAUUUUGAUAGGGUAUCGAGUUGAUGAUGUUGAUAGGGUAUCGAGUUGAUGAUGUUGAUAGGGUAUCGAGUUGAUGAUGUUGAUAGGGUAUCGAGUUGAUGAUGUUGAUAGGGUAUCGAGUUGAUGAUGUUGAUAGGGUAUCGAGUUGAUGAUGUUGAUAGGGUAUCGAGUUGAUGAUGUUGAUAGGGUAUCGAGUUGAUGAUGUUGAUAGGGUAUCGAGUUGAUGAUGUUGAUAGGGUAUCGAGUUGAUGAUGUUGAUAGGGUAUCGAGUUGAUGAUGUUGAUAGGGUAUCGAGUUGAUGAUGUUGAUAGGGUAUCGAGUUGAUGAUGUUGAUAGGGUAUCGAGUUGAUGAUGUUGAUAGGGUAUCGAGUUGAUGAUGUUGAUAGGGUAUCGAGUUGAUGAUGUUGAUAGGGUAUCGAGUUGAUGAUGUUGAUAGGGUAUCGAGUUGAUGAUGUUGAUAGGGUAUCGAGUUGAUGAUGUUGAUAGGGUAUCGAGUUGAUGAUGUUGAUAGGGUAUCGAGUUGAUGAUGUUGAUAGGGUAUCGAGUUGAUGAUGUUGAUAGGGUAUCGAGUUGAUGAUGUUGAUAGGGUAUCGAGUUGAUGAUGUUGAUAGGGUAUCGAGUUGAUGAUGUUGAUAGGGUAUCGAGUUGAUGAUGUUGAUAGGGUAUCGAGUUGAUGAUGUUGAUAGGGUAUCGAGUUGAUGAUGUUGAUAGGGUAUCGAGUUGAUGAUGUUGAUAGGGUAUCGAGUUGAUGAUGUUGAUAGGGUAUCGAGUUGAUGAUGUUGAUAGGGUAUCGAGUUGAUGAUGUUGAUAGGGUAUCGAGUUGAUGAUGUUGAUAGGGUAUCGAGUUGAUGAUGUUGAUAGGGUAUCGAGUUGAUGAUGUUGAUAGGGUAUCGAGUUGAUGAUGUUGAUAGGGUAUCGAGUUGAUGAUGUUGAUAGGGUGUCGAGUUGAUGAUGUUGAUAGGGUGUCGAGUUGAUGAUGUUGAUAGGGUGUCGAGUUGAUGAUGUUGAUAGGGUGUCGAGUUGAUGAUGAUGAUAGGUCCUUUAGUUGAUGAUGAUAGGUCCUUUAGUUGAUGAUGAUAGGCCGUUGAGCUGAUGAUGAUGAUAGGUCGUUGAGUGGAUGAUGAUGAUGAUAGGUCGUUGAGUGGAUGAUGAUAGG